AUGUCCCUUCUCGCUGGAUGUAAUUGUUAAGCAGGGUUUUUCUAGAGUUGAGAAAUAGAAAGAUCGUAGAGAGAGAAAGGCAAAAUGGGAGGUCUUCAAUUGAAUUGAAAUUUCUCUCCAUUUUCUUUUCUCUUUUUUUUUUUUUCCUUUUUUUUAUUUUCAAUUUAAGGGGAAAAUCGUACAGUGAAGAUAUCAUACCUGUUUGUUUGGUUUUACUUCUCUCCUGGUAAAAGCGAAUUUGAUGUGGGGCGCUUUGCUUUAAUUAUGCUGCAGUGAACUGGGGAGAGAGAGAGAGAGGAGGGUCUUUCUUCACCUUUGAUGGCUAUUCAGGUGUUUUGUGGAGUGUCAAUAGCUACUGAUUGCAGUUCAGGGAUUCUAUUAGUUGUCGUUUGAUUCUCCUUGAAACCCAUUUCUUCAAAAAUAAAAUAAAAUUCUGGAGUUUCUUGUUGCUGUGAGUUACCUUGCAAAUUUUGGGAUCUGGGUUCUAGGGUUUGAGCUUUUGAUUUUCUCUCUCCUCGGGUUUUUUUCCCAUUUGUUACCCGCCUCCUUUUCUGAGAAAUUGGAUAUUGAAACCUAUUCUGGGUUCUGGAGGAUUUAAAAAAACUUUCUUUUUUUGUCCUUGUUGGUUUUAGCUUGAAAUGAUUGCUUUGUGUGAGGAGAGGAGGAAGCGAUCAUGCAUCUCUCACUAUGGAAACCCAUUUCUCACUGUGCUGCACUGAUCAUGGAUAAGAAGGGUAGGAGGAAAGAUGAUUCCAUGGUUGACAUGAGGAGAAACCCAUCAAUGCUCCGAAAGCUGCAAGAGAACAAGCUCAGGGAAGCUCUUGAAGAAGCUUCUGAAGAUGGGUCACUCUCCAAAUCUCAAGACAUGGAGCCUGACUCUGUUGGCAACCAGGAUGAGGGCCUUGGGAGAUCUCGGUCACUAGCCAGGCUGCACGCGCAACGCGAGUUCCUUCGGGCCACGGCGCUUGCAGCCGAGCGAAUAUACGAGUCUGAGGAGGAAAUUCCCAGCCUCGAAGAAGCAUUUUCCAAGUUCCUCACUAUGUACCCCAAGUACCAGUCAUCGGAUAAGGUUGAUCAAUUGAGGUCUGAUGAGUAUUCACAUUUGUCACCUAAGGUAUGCCUUGAUUACUGUGGAUUUGGACUCUUCUCUUUUGUUCAGACAAUUCACUAUUGGGAGUCUUCUACGUUUAGUUUGUCUGAGAUAACUGCAAAUUUGAGUAACCAUGCACUUUAUGGUGGUGCUGAGAAAGGAACUGUUGAGCAUGAUAUAAAGGCUCGAAUUAUGGACUAUUUGAAUAUACCUGAGAAUGAAUAUGGCCUUGUUUUUACUGUUAGUAGAGGAUCAGCUUUUAAAUUGCUGGCUGAAUCGUACCCUUUCCAUACAAACAAAAAGUUGUUGACCAUGUUUGACCACGAGAGCCAGUCUGUUGCUUGGAUGGCUCAGAGUGCCAGGGAGAAAGGUGCCAAAGUGUACAGUGCAUGGUUUAAAUGGCCAACCCUCAAACUCUGCUCCACUGAUUUGAGAAAACAGAUUUCCAACAAGAAGAAGCGGAAGAAGGAUUCGGCCACUGGUCUUUUUGUGUUCCCAGUUCAGUCUAGAGUAACUGGGGCCAAGUAUUCAUACCAGUGGAUGGCCUUGGCACAGCAGAACAACUGGCAUGUCUUACUUGAUGCUGGAUCGUUGGGCCCCAAGGACAUGGAUUCGCUGGGCUUGUCCCUAUUUCGGCCAGAUUUUAUUAUUACUUCAUUUUACAGGGUCUUUGGGUAUGAUCCCACUGGUUUUGGUUGUCUUCUGAUCAAGAAAUCCGUGAUGCCAAGCCUUCAAAAUCAGUCUGGGAGCACUGGGUCUGGAAUGGUGAAGAUUACCCCUGAGUUUCCAAUGUAUUUGAGUGAUUCUGUGGAUGGUUUGGAUAGAUUGGUUGGGAUUGAAGACGAUGAAAUCACUGGGACUGGUGAUAAGACUUCUGAUACUCGUCCAGGAUCACAGUUGCCUGCCUUCUCUGGUGCAUUCACGUCUGCACAGGUCAGAGAUGUAUUUGAGACUGAAAUGGAUCAAGACAGCUCUGAAAGAGAUGGGACUAGCACUAUAUUUGAAGAGACUGAGAGUAUAUCUGUUGGAGAGGUAAUAAAGAGUCCUGUCUUCAGUGAGGAUGAGUCUUCAGACAACUCAUUUUGGAUUGAUUUGGGUCAGAGUCCAUUAGGAUCUGACAAUGUAGGUCAAUCUAAUAAACAGAAGAUAGCUUCUCCCCUACCACCUUUUUGGUUCAAUGGAAAGAGGAACCAGAAGCAACAUUCUCCGAAACCAACUUCCAAGAUGUAUGGCAGCCCUAUGUAUGAUGACAGAGAGGUAAACCUUGGUGCUCAUGAAGACCACCGUGUGCUUUCAUUUGAUGCUGCAGUCCUGAUGUCACAGGAAUUAGACCGGGUCAAAGAGGUACCUGAAGAAGAGCAUGUUGAGGAAGUCAAUCAUUAUUCAAGAAAUGGUAACGGGUCAGACCAUCUGCAUGUCAAUGAGAUCCUGGAAGAACCUGGAACCAGUGAAGCUGCCAAAAAUGGAUCUGUUGCUCUGCAAGGAUCUUGGCUCAACAAUUCAACUUCUCUUGCUAGGCAUCAAAACUUAGAGAAUGGUUCUACCUCUGAAAUAUGUCCUGAUGUCAAAGAGAGCGCCAUAAGAAGGGAAACUGAAGGUGAAUUCAGGUUGUUGGGGAGAAGAGAAGGGAAUCGAUAUGGGGGUGGCAGGUUUUUUGGUUUGGAAGAGAAUGAAGCCAACAGCAGGGGAAGAAGAGUGUCAUUUAGCAUGGAAGAUAAUCGUAAAGAGUACUUGAGCCAGACCCUGGAGCCAGGGGACAUAUCUGCAACCAGCGUCGAUGAUGAAGAGGUCACAAGUGAUGGAGAAUAUGGUGAUGGACAAGAUUGGGGCAGGAGGGAACCAGAGAUAAUAUGUCGACAUAUUGCUCAUGUCAAUAUGCUCGGUCUCAAUAAAACUACACUGAGACUUCGGUUUUUGAUAAAUUGGCUUGUUACCUCGUUGUUGCAACUGAAGUUACCUGCUUCUGAUGGGGGUGAAAGAGCAAAUCUUGUCCACAUCUAUGGCCCGAAAAUAAAAUAUGAAAGAGGUGCAGCUGUGGCUUUCAAUGUGAGGGACAGAAGUAGGGGGCUAAUCAAUCCAGAGAUUGUUCAAAAGCUGGCUGAAAAAGAAGGAAUCUCUCUUGGAAUUGGUUUCCUUAGUCACAUACAGAUUCUUGAUACCUCAAGACAGCACCGAGGAGCUCCAAAUCUUGAAGACACUACUCUUUGCAGGCCAAUGGAGAACGGUCGGCGUGAUGGGAAAGGUAGCUUUGUAAGGCUUGAAGUUGUCACAGCUUCACUGGGCUUUCUGACUAAUUUUGAGGAUGUGUAUAAAUUGUGGGCUUUUGUGGCAAAGUUUCUUAAUCCAACAUUUAUCAGAGAAGGGGGUCUUCCUACUGUCCAAGAAGGAUCUGAGUCAUGAGAUGCAAAGUCGCCAGUGACUUUAUUCAAUUUUGGAAACUGAAGAUGAAAUAUUAUUUGUGAGAAGUUGCCAAUAGGGACAGCAGCAAAAGCUGCAUGAAGAAUGGAUUGGUGAUCAGUUGUAAGCUCCUAAGGUAGACAGAAACCUAUUUUUAUGCAUCAAACCAAGAUAAAGCUAGCGGGGUGGAUUUGUUAAUUCAUGUUUCUUGUUGCUUACAUUUUUAAUUUUCCUCUUUUGUUUUUUGAGCUGCUUAUAGAGUUGGCUUUAGAGAUUUGUUGCAUAUUGGGAAGCCAUGGUGUACUUUGAAGCAAGAUUGUAUGGGUAGAACUUCUACUGAUAAAUACUUUGCUUCUAUUGCAUACGAAAGGAUUUCCAAUUUUUGUAAAAAGGUAGUGUCCAUUUUCAUGCUAUAGUUUAUGAUAACAUCCAAUUGGUGCUUUCUUUGUUGACAUAAAUUUGUUCCUAAAUGUUAGUGUAACUUGAAUUUGAGUAUUUGACCGAGGUGAGAAUGGAAUCAGGCAAAGUGGAUGAAUGUGCUUUUCCCUUGGUCCCCGAAGAUAACAAUCAUUGAUACCUCAGGAUCAUUGUUUUUUUCUCUUGUUUUUAUUCCCUCAGGAUUUUUUUUCAGACACCUCAAUCCUUAACAUUUGGAUUUUUCAAUUUUUUCUACCAAUUGAAAGUGUGGUGAUGAAGUCUGUCGAUAAGGAUUGGUCCUAUUUUUUUUUUUCCCAAAGUGUAAGAACAAGAAACGACAAAUUGAUCAGCACUCGUACUGUUCUGAAACCUGGGGUUUUACUUUUUUUUUUUUUUCAUCUACUAGUUGUAUUUGCACUGUAGUCUUGCACCAAACAUUAUGUUGUCAAUUAAUCCGGUGUCCACAUUUCGAUGCAAAUAAUUAAAUACA